UUAGUGUUUCUGAUUGAUCUCAUUUAUACAGAAUGGCCCCUGGUGAGGUUUUCUCCUUUAAAGACUCCGAACUUCACUGUAACUUGCUCGCUCAGCUGAACAUUCUCCGUCAGGAGCGGAUCCUGACAGACGUCCUCCUCUGUGCGGAGCAUCAGGAGAUCCCCUGCCACAGGAACGUGCUGGUGUCUAGCAGCCCGUACUUUCGUGCCAUGUUCUGCAGCAACUUCCUGGAGAGCACUCAGACCCGUGUGAACCUGAAGGGAAUCUCUUCAACGGUCAUGAGAGGCAUUGUGGAUUAUGUCUACACAGGCCGCAUCAGCAUCACAAUGGAGAUUGUGCUCCCGCUGAUGCAGGCAGCAUCCAUGCUUCACUACGGGGUGCUGUUCGAAGCCUGCUCCUUGUUUCUGCAGGAGCAGUUGAGUCCAGAAAACUGUCUGAGCAUGAUCAGGCUCUCUGAGAUCCUGCACUGUGACAGUUUGAGGGACAAAGCAAAGGAGAUGGCCGUCAGGUGUUUCUCUGACGUCGCUGCCUCGGAGGACUUCUGUGAGCUGUCUCUCCCUGAGCUCAUGUGUUACCUAGAAGAUGAUCGUCUAUGUGCUGAGGAGGAGCAAGUGUUUGAGACCCUCCUGGCCUGGAUCCACCAUGACCCAUUCUCGAGAAGUGGGGCCAUCCAUGACCUCUUCAAGAAAGUCCGUCUGCGCUACAUUCACCCAACCUACCUCUUCCAGUUCAUCGCCAAUGACCCCUUGGUCCAGUCGUCCACACUUUGCACUGAGAUCAUCGAGUCAGUCCGUCGCCUCAUGCUGACAGUCAGCACCAAGUGCAGUCGGGAACUCAAGCCACUUUGGACCACACCGCGCAGGUACACCUGCAGGGAAACACUGGUGGUGGUCGGCGGACGGAAGAACAACGAACAAACGUCCAGAGAAGCGUUGCUCUACGACGAAAGGACUCACCGCUGGCAGUGGUUGGCCAAGCUGCCUCUGAGACUCUACAGAGCUGCGUACGUCUGCAUCCACAGCAUCCUCUACGUCCUGGGAGGCCUCAACCUCUGCAUGGCAUCAGGCGACAGCUCAGUCAGCGCCACAGUUUACCCUCUUUCUCCAAAAACCAACCAGUGGAGAACUGCCGAGCCCAUGUCUGAGCCCCGAUACGCCCACCAGAGUGUCUCCUAUCUGCACUUUAUCUUUGUGUUGGGGGGCAUUGGGGCAGACAAGAAAAUCUCUCAGUCUGUGGAGAGGUACAACAGCAUGUUUAAUCAGUGGGAGGUCAUGGCACCAAUGCCCACAGCUGUGCUGCACCCAGCUGUGGCUGCCAGUGAUCAGAGGAUCUACGUUUUUGGAGGCGAGGACGCCAUGCAGAACCCAGUCCGACUGAUCCAGGUCUAUCAUAUUGCUCGCAAUUUGUGGUCGAGGUUAGAGACGAGGACAGUGAAGAAUGUCUGUGCCCCUGCUGCUGUCAUUGAGGACAAGAUCUUCAUCAUAGGAGGCUAUACCCGACGAAUGAUAGCCUACGACACCAAGGGCAACAAAUUUGUCAAAUGUGAGAAUCUGAAGGAGCGUCGGAUGCAUCACAGCGCCACCGUGAUCAACAACAAGCUCUACAUCACGGGAGGACGUAUCCUCAACGGCCAUGAUGUCAUCGAGGACUCGGACUGCUUCGAGUGCUACGACCCAAAGACGGACGUUUGGACCUCGAAGGGUUCCUUACCCUACAAACUGUUUGACCAUGGCUCUCUGCCUCUGGUCUGUGUUUCCAACAGACCAAACCCACCAUGACUGUUCCUCAACUCUCUGCUGCCCAGAUUUCUCACCCUCCAUCUGAACAAUAGGAAAUCUCCAAGUAAACGGUCAAAAAACAGUCUCUGCUAAUCAGAAUAAUCUGUGCUGACAUGCAGAGAUGACAUUUGUGUUGGAAAACAGCCCUAGAGGUCCCAACCUGCAACAACAGCUCAGACAACUAUGUUCAGUAAAACCAGCAGUUCAUUCCAUUGGCUGCACGGUGCUGCACUGAUGUUUACCAAAGAGGUUAAUGUUUUCAUUUAGUCACAAAAUGCAUUUAAACUUAAAUACCUUAGAU